CAUGCUUAAUGUUAAAACUUUGCUGACAAUUGUACUACAAAUGGAGCUGGUUGUAUAACUAUUUCAGCAUGCACUUCAUAUAAGACCCAAUCUAUUUGUAUAGCUGCUUCAACAACUAAAGAUGGAGUUGGAAGAUAUGGUUGGGAUGUCACAAAAAAUAAAUGCAGAAGUAGAAUUUGCAGUGAUAAGAAUUGCUUAACCGAUGACGAAUGCAAUACUUUCCUAUUAGGAUAUAAAACAAAUGGAUCUGGUUGUGUGGCUGGAGCCUCAUGUACUGAAUUUUCCAAUAAAUAAUUCUGUAUUAAAUCAAAUUCUGGACCAUGUCUUUGGGUUAAUUGAUAAUGCUAUGAUUAUGAUAGAUAUGAAGAUGCUGACAUAUACGGAAUGUUAAGCAUUUUCACCCUUAUUUUCAACCAAUGGAGAUACAUGUAUUCCUAUUACAUCUUGUGCCAGCACAUCAUUAAAGGCUUCUUGUGUUGUUGGAACUGAUGGAGCCUGUGGAUGGUUAUUGACUGGAAAAUGUUAGAAGUUUGGAUAAUGUACAGAUGCUGUGGCUACUACAAAUGAUGAAUGUCUCUCUUAUGGACCAGCAUGUAUUACUGAUGGAACAGCUUUUCUAGCUAAAUCAACUUGUAUUAGUUACAAGACAUAAACAGCAUGUAAUAACAAUGGAACUGAUGGUAUAUGCUUUUGGAAUGCCACAGCUAAUACUUGCAAAUUGAGGGAAUGUGGUAAUGAAUAGAAGGGUAAAAAUGACUAAUGCAAACUUAUUUCUAUCACAGGAGGAUCAUGCACAACUGAUGGAACCAAAUGCAUACCACUAUCAAUAUGCUCAAAUUAUGUUGAAGCUGGAUUUUUCAAUGGAACUGAUGGAGAGUGUACAUUUGCAUUACCAGUUGGAGCUACUACAGGAAACAAAAUCUGCAGAUUAACAUAAUGUGAAGAUAUUUAUGCUGGAACUUCUAAUGCUAACUGCAUGGAAGUUAUCUCUGGAAAAUAAUGUAUAUCAAAUGGAAUAAGUUGUAUUGCCAAGUCUGCUUGUUCAUCUUAUAAAACUAUUACUGCUUUUAAUGGAGAUGGCUUAGAAAAUAAUAAAUCAAUUUUUAUUGCUUUCGCUCCUACUGGAACUGAUAAAGUUAAUUGAACUUGCAAGACAUUCUCAGCAUGUGCUGAUGCUAUUAAAGAUAAACUGGCUAUACGAAAUCAGCUUACACUUAUAGUUG